UCAAAGAUCAGGCUUUCUAGGAAAAAGAAAUCUAAGUGAGAAGAUGGACAAAGAUAAAGACAUUUAGCAGAUUAACAUAAGUGGCAAGCCAAAAAGAACUUCAACAAAGGAGAAAACCAAGAAAGGUAAGGAGAGGUAUAACAAUAGUAGUCAAACAGCUAAAUAAUAUAUCCCAUCAUGAAACAUCAUCACUAUCAAAAGAAACACCUAUACAGCACUUGUCUACUAACUACUAAGUUUUUUACCUAUAUUUCAGUUACUCCUCACAGAAAUCCCAUGUUGUAGGUAGCUUUCUACUACUAUUAUGCAUUUUAGAAUGGAGAAGAGAUAAAUAUAUGUAUUAAAACUGCCUAAAGUAAUUCUUUUAGUGGAAAAAACAGAUCAUAAAUUGGUUAUGUGGCAAAUCCAUUUUAUUUCUUUUUAAAUUUUUCAUUGUAUCUAUUUGAUCACACAUUCUCAAUUCUAAAUUUCAAUUUAAAAUAUUGAGUACCUACUAAGAAUAAAGGAAAUAGAUACUUUUAAGGAGUUUACAAUAAAAUGGAAGGAAAGCCAAAUACUAUCAUUAUCAGCAGCAGCACCAUCUUAGCUGCAGCUAUAUCUUAUUGAACAUUUAUGAAUAGGGCUAUGUUAUCUCAUUUACUCUCAGAAAAAUCCUAUAAGGUAUUAUUAUUCACACUAAAUGAAUACGCAAACUAACGUUUAGCAAGACUAAGUUACUGGUACAAGAUUAUGUAGUUACAUCAUAGAGAUUUUUAAACUCAGCACUACCUAUUAAAUAAAAGUGAGAUAAAUUAAAAACGUUUGAUAAAGUGUUUCAGUUGAGAUUUCCAUAUACUGUCAUAAUGUGUUAAUGUAGGGUAAAGGAAAGAUGUACUGAAAUAUUCAAGGGUAAAAAAUAUGCAGCCAAACUACUAUUUUCCAAAUAAACUACAUGAAAAUAUAUGUCUAAACAACAAAACAUUAACCACAAAUAAGAACUCAAGAAUGAGAACAUUCAGAGCCAUAUAUUUAAAUAUCUAGUGGCCUAUUUUUAAUGUUUAUAAAAUAAAUUUAAUAAAUUUUAAAUAUAAUGAAUCCACUUUAAAUAUAUAAAUUAAAAAAAGAAAAGAAAUUUGGGAUGCUCAGAAACUCAAACUACAGGAGUGAAACUGUGAAAGUUGUAUCUGUCUAGAAAAUAAAUGGACUCACUGAUCUCUAGUUUUAUAAAAAGUACAAUAAAAAUAAAAUUCAAUCUGUAGUUAUUGGAUUUGUUAUUUUUUUAAAAAAUUUAAGGAUUUAUUUUAAAAACAUAUUAGCAAUCAGGAGUCUAAUUUCUUUUACUGAAAAUAAGUUCAUAAAUAUUUAAAACAUUGAAAUAAUAUAAGUAAAAAUUAAAAGCCUACCUUCCCCCAAAUACUUUAAGAAAUAACCACUAUAACUAGUUUUCACUGUGUUUUUUUCUAACCUUCUUCCAUGUAUACACAACACACAUUCAUACUUCACUGAUUUUUUUCCUUAAUAAAGACAUGGUAAUUCUGCAAUUUUCUUUUUUUCAUUUAAUACAUAGCGUACAACUUCCCACUUCAGUACAGGUAGACCUAUCUUAUUUAUGGUAAUUUUUAAACAUGCCCAUAAAUUAUUUGAUCCUUUCCUUUCAAGAAGUGAAGCCUAAUUCCCCACCCCUUGAAUGUGGGCUGAACUUAGUGAGUAACUUCUGAUGAAUAGGAAAUAAAGUGGAUAAGGAAGUAGUGUUAUGCAACUUUGGAGACUGGGUCAUAAAAGUCACUGCAGCUUCUUUCUUGCUCUCUCUAGGAUCACUAGCUCUGGGAAAAGCUAUAUGCCAUGUCAUGAGAAAACUUAAGCAGACCUGUGGUGAGGAAUUGGGACCUUCUGCUUUCACUGAGAAAUGAGACAUCUUGCCAACAGCCAUGUGAGUAAACUAUCUUAGAAGUGGAUCCUCCAACCACAGUGCAGCCUUCAGAUGACUGCAGUCCCUGCUGACAGCUUCAUUGCAACUUCAUGAGAGACCUUGAGACAGCUUUGCUUCUUUCAGAUUCCUCACCCUCAGAAACUGGAGGCCUGAAUAUUUGGACAAGAUGGCAGAUUCAUCAUCAUCUUCCUUCCUUCCUGAUUUUGGGCUGCUAUUGUAUUUGGAGGAGCUAAACAAAGAGGAAUUAAAUACAUUCAAGUUAUUCCUAAAGGAGACCAUGGAACCUGAGCAUGGCCUGAUACCCUGGAAUGAAGUGAAGAAGGCCAGGCGGGACGACCUGGCCAAUUUGAUAAAGAAGUAUUAUCCAGGAGAGAAAGCCUGGAGUGUGACUCUCAAAAUCUUUGGCAAGAUGAACCUGAAGGAUCUGUGUCAGAGAGCAAAAGAAGAGAUCAACUGGUCAGCCCAGAGUAUAGGACCAGAUGAUGCCAAAGUUGGAGUGACACAAGACCAGGAGGCAGUGCUGGGUGAUGGAACAGAAUACAGAAUUAGAAUAAAGGAAAAAUUUUGCAUCACUUGGGACAAGAAGUCUUUGGCUGGAAAGCCUGAAGAUUUCCAUUAUGGAAUUACGGAGAAAGAUAGAAAACUGUUGGAACACUUGUUUGAUGUGGAUGUCAAAACUGGUGAACAGCCACAGACCGUGGUGCUUCAGGGAGCUGCUGGAGUUGGGAAAACAACCUUGGUGAGAAAGGCAAUGUUAGAUUGGGCAGAGGGCAAUCUCUACCAGCAGAGGUUUAUGUAUGUCUUUUAUCUCAAUGGGAGAGAAAUUAACCAGCUGAAAGAGAGAAGCUUUGCUCAAUUGAUAUCAAAGGACUGGCCCAGCACAGAAGGCCCCAUUGAAGGGAUCAUAUCCCAGCCAAGUAGCCUCCUGUUUAUUAUUGACAGUUUUGAUGAACUGAAUUUUGCCUUUGAAGAACCUGAAUUUGCACUGUGCGAAGACUGGACCCAAGAACACCCUGUGUCCUUCCUCAUGAGUAGUUUGUUGAGGAAAGUGAUGCUCCCUGAGGCAUCCUUAUUGGUGACAACAAGACUCACAACUUCUAAGAGACUAAAGCAGUUGUUGAAGAAUCACCGUUAUGUAGAGCUACUAGGAAUGUCUGAGGGUGCAAGAGAGGAGUAUAUUUACCAGUUUUUUGAAGAUAAGAGGUGGGCCAUGAAAGCAUUCAGUUCACUAAAAAGCAAUGAGAUGCUGUUUAACAUGUGCCAAGUCCCCCUAGUGUGCUGGGCCACUUGUACUUGUCUGAAGCAGCAAAUGGAGAAGGGUGGUGAUGUCACAUUGACCUGCCAAACAACCACGGCUCUGUUUACCUCCUAUAUUUCUAGCUUGUUCACACCAGUAGAUGGAUGCUCUCCUAGACUACCCAACCAAGUCCAGCUCAGAAGGCUGUGCCAUGUCGCUGCCAAAGGAAUAUGGACUAUGACUUACGUGUUUUACAGAGAAAAUCUCAGAAGGUUUGGGUUAACUAAAUCUGAUGUCUCAAGUUUUCUGGGCAACAAUAUUAUUCAAAAGGACACAGAGUAUGAAAACUGCUAUGUGUUCACCCACCUUCAUGUUCAGGAGUUUUUUGCAGCUAUGUUCUAUAUGUUGAAAGGCAAUUGGGAAGCUGGGAACCCUUCCUGCCAGCCUUUUGAAGACUUGAAGUCAUUACUUCAAAGCACAAGUUAUAAAGACCCCCAACUGAGACAGAUGAAGUGCUUUUUGUUUGGCCUUUUGAAUGAAGAUCGAGUAAAACAACUGGAGAGGACUUUUAACUGUAAAAUGUCACUGAAGAUAAAAUCAAAGUUACUUCAGUGUAUGGAAGUGUUAGGAAACAGUGACUAUUCUCUAUCACAGCUGGGGUUUCUGGAGUUGUUUCACUAUCUGUAUGAGACUCAAGAUAAAGCAUUUAUAAGCCAGGCAAUGAGAUAUUUCUCAAAGGUUGCCAUUAAUAUUUGUGAGAAAAUACAUUUGCUUGUGUCUUCCUUCUGCCUUAAGCACUGCCGGUGUUUGCGGACCAUCAGGCUGUCUGUAACUACGGUAUUUGAGAAGAAGACAUUGAAAACAAGCCUCCCAACUAACACUUGGGAUGGUGAUCGCAUUACUCACUGGUGGCAAGAUCUCUGUUCUGUGCUUCAUACAAAUGAACAUUUGAGAGAACUGGACCUGUGCCAUAGCAACCUUGAUAAAUCAGCAAUGAAUAUCCUGCAUCAAGAACUAAGGCACCCAAACUGUAAACUACAAAAGCUACUGUUGAAAUGUAUCACUUUCCCUGAUGGUUGUCAGGAUAUCUCUACUUCUUUGAUUCAUAACCAGAAUCUGAUGCAUCUUGACCUAAAAGGGAGUGAUAUAGGGGAUAAUGGAGUAAAGUCAUUAUGUGAAGCCUUGAAACACCCAGAGUGUAAACUACAGACUCUCAGGUUGGAAUCCUGCAACCUAACUGUAUUUUGUUGUCUAAGUAUAUUUAAUGUUCUCAUCAGAAGCCAGAGCCUGAUAUUUCUGAAUCUGUCAACCAAUAAUCUGUUGGACAAUGGAGUACAGCUUUUGUGUGAGGCCUUAAGACAUCCAAAGUGUUAUCUAGAGAGACUGUCCUUAGAAAGCUGUGGUCUCACAGAGGCUGGCUGUGAGGAUCUUUCUUUGGCUCUCAUCAGCAAUAAAAGACUGACACAUUUGUGCUUGGCAGACAAUGUCUUAGGAGAUGGUGGAGUAAAGCUUAUGAGUGAUGCCCUACAACAUGCACAGUGUACUCUGCAGAGCCUUGUGCUGAGGCAUUGCCAUUUCACUUCACUUAGCAGUGAAUAUCUGUCAACUUCCCUUCUACACAACAAGAGCCUGACGCAUCUGGAUCUAGGAUCAAACUGGCUACAAGACAAUGGAAUGAAGCUUCUGUGUGAUGUCUUUCGGCAUCCAAGCUGUAAUCUUCAGGACUUGGAAUUGAUGGGCUGUGUUCUCACUAAUGCAUGUUGUCUGGAUCUGGCUUCUGUUAUUGUAUACAACCCAAACCUGAGGAGCCUGGACCUUGGGAACAACAAUUUGCAGGAUGAUGGAGUGAAAAUUCUAUGUGACGCUUUGAGAUAUCCAAACUGUAACAUUCAGAGGCUCGGGUUGGAAUACUGUGGUUUGACAUCUCUCUGCUGUCAAGAUCUCUCCUCUGCUCUUAUCUGCAACCAAAGACUGAUAAAAAUGAAUCUGACACAGAAUACCUUAGGGUAUGAAGGAAUUAUGAAGUUAUAUAAAGUCUUGAAGUCUCCUAAGUGUAAACUACAAGUUCUAGGGUUGUGCAAAGAGGCAUUUGAUGAGGAAGCCCAGAAGCUGCUGGAAGCUGUGGGAGUUAGCAAUCCACACUUAAUCAUUAAGCCAGAUUGUAACUAUCAUAAUGAAGAAAAUGGGUCUUGGUGGCGGUGUUUCUGA